UCCAAAAGGAUAUUUUUUGCAUAACCUCAAAUACAUUUAAAAAAGGACACAUCAAACAAACAAUUAUGUUAUGACUCUGAGUUUCAAAAAAAUAUAUCCAACUUAUCCAAAAAAAAAUUUAUUUGAUCAACAACUUACUAAAAUCUAAAAUUUGUUAUUGGCACAUCCAGACCGCGAAGUGAGUUCUUUAGGACAAGUGACUUGUUCAAACUUAACAUUUGGAUUGUCGGCAUUUUGGUACCAACCGAAUCUAAAGUGGCAACCAGCUUGAAGUUGUUUUGGCAACUGACUGCAUUGAGAAUCGGACGAUACACCACCAUAUUGCUGACCCCAACCACUCUGAGGAGCAUUCCAUUGAGUCGAACAUCCUCUAGUGAAAAUACCAACACCACCUCCGGGAAUUUGAAUGUCGAAAUGGUUGGAACCCAAAUCUCCACCAGUGUUGACGUUUUGUACGAUCAUAGUUUUACCAGCCAAAGCAUUGGUGAAAGUCAACUUCAAACAAACGCAACAUUUGCUAUUGUCUAUGCCGCCGGUAAAGGAAGCUGCUACGAAACCGUACGCCAAAGAGUUGUUUACUGCCCAUGGUUGGAGGUUGUUGCACACGUAAGAAGUACCAUCGGAAUCACAGCCAGAGCGUACAGAAGGUUGCACUUUAGUUUUACCAUCUUUGCUGCAAGAGUUGACAGGAGUCGCAGUGGCUACGUUUUCUUUCCACGCGCAGGAGGGCUUGCAACAUUUUCUGUAUCAACCAUACAAGAUGAAAGCCUUCUUAGCAGCUAUCGCUUUGUGCGUUCUAGCCAUUGGUUCUGAAGCCAAAGUUAGUGGUUCAGGUACCACAACCAGAUACUGGGACUGUUGCAAGCCCUCUUGUUCUUGGAAAGAAAACGUAGCCACUUCGACUCCAGUCAACUCUUGUAGCAAAGAUGGUACCACUAAAGUAGACCCUUCUGUAACCUCUGGCUGUGAUUCGGAUGGUACUUCGUACGUGUGCAACAACCUCCAACCAUGGGCAGUAAACGACACUUUGGCGUACGGUUACGUAGCAGCUUCCUUCACCGGCGGCGUGGACAAUAGCAAAUGUUGCGUUUGUUUGAAGUUGACUUUCACCAAUGCACUGGCUGGUAAAACUAUGAUCGUACAAAACGUCAACACUGGUGGCGAUUUGAGUUCCAACCAUUUCGACAUUCAAAUUCCCGGAGGCGGUGUUGGUAUUUUCACUAGAGGAUGUUCGACUCAAUGGAAUGCUCCUCAGAGUGGUUGGGGUCAGCAAUAUGGUGGUGUAUCGUCCGAUGCUGAGUGCAGCCAGUUGCCAGAAGAACUUCAAGCCGGUUGCCACUUUAGAUUCGGUUGGUACCAAAAUGCUGACAAUCCAAAUGUGAACUUUGAACAAGUUACUUGUCCUAAAGAGCUCACUUCGCGUUCUGGAUGUGCCAAUAACAACUUUUAGAUUUUUGUAGUUUAGGUUUUUGAUUCAAUAAAAUUAUUCUGAAAAAGGUGAAUAUGUU